AUGUCCUGCGCGCUGCGCUUGCCAACUAUACGUGUUGUUACAAAGCAAGCAAAUAUCGAACUUAGAGCAACAGCAUCGUUAAAUAUCGACCCCCCGGACGGUGCGCGAAACAUCAAGGACGCCAAAGAUCUCCUAUCAGCAGUCUCAAAUUCCUACCUAUGGAUUUCUCGCGCCGGGUCUUGUUGUAUCGAGGUAUCCUUUGCCAUUGAAGGCCGUCCUGUCUCAGAAUGUGAUCAUCUCGAGGGGGUCGCUGAAACGAUCAAUAGUUCCAAGAUUUGGGAUCGCCUAGGUGUCCAUCUCGAGUAUAAUAGAUCAACAGCCCCAUCAUUGCCUGGCCUUUUGUCCUUCUCAAUCCAACAUCCGGAUCUCUCGUCAGCUCUCGUCGCUCCAGCAUCGGCAUGGACGACUCCAUUUCAAAGUUUGCUGAUAACAAUCGAUGUUUGCCGGCUCGACAAGCGACAAAGACCAUCCGAAAAAGCCUCUCGAGCACGCAAGCGGCAGAAAAGGACGAGAAAAGCAGGGGAAAGAGCUGCGUUGCCCUCAGGGGACUUGUUGGAGAGUCUGGAGUCAACUGAUCAAGAUGCUAUCGAGACCUUUAUAUCCAGUCUAAACAUCCCACCGAACUGCGACAAAAUAAAACUUGCGGAAGCAAAUAGCAGGACCGAGAGUGCCACUUGUGCAGAAGUACUAGAGGAUCUGCACUCAUCAGCCUUGGUAGAUAUCCUUCUUGAGCAAUUGACCUUAGCUACGGAGAAAACAUACAAAGGUUGUCAGGUUUGGGGUUGCGGACCCGACUACUGUCUUACGAAACUGGCACCUGGUGUUUUCCAUGUACCAUUUCUCAAGAGUGUAUCAGAUCGCGCUCAGCUACUUCCGGUCAUUGCCAUGUCUCUUGCGCGCAUGCAACUUGCCGAAUCUCCCGGAAUUAGACAAAAGGUAGCUGCCUUAACACCAAGUGACGAGACUGUUUCGCGCUCGCAUAACGAAUUAGGAGACUCCAUGAGUAGCAUAGAAAGGAGAGCUUGGGAAAUUCUUCUUGAGCAUAUUCAAAUACCCUCACUUGCCAAGAAAAGAAAGGGCAAGAGAUCAAUGCCAUCUACUGUGACCCCAUACGCAACAAGUUCAGAGACACUUAUCACAAAUGAACAGCCAGUCACAACAAUGGGGAACCGCUUGCCAGAAACAAGCGCCUACGCCAAGCAGGAGAGUCAGGAGAGCACGAUAAUGAGUGUGAGCUGGAAUGUUAUGGCCGGUUCAUCAACAUAUGUAAAGUAUGAACAUUCAGAAGGGAACCUAUGCGACUUUGAGACGCUGGACCAGUGGCUGAGUUGCAAUCAUGGGACAUAA